AUUUUUCAUUGGUUAAUUGGCAUUGUUUAAACGUAAACUUUUUGCUUCAAGAAAUACCGUAAUAUUGAUAAAGUCGCUUAUCAAUUAAUAUAUAGCAAUAAUUUCAGGUAGUACAAUUCACCGAAUUCAUGAGGUUAUAUUCCACUAUUAAUUUCCUGUGUAGAAGGCAUCACGAUGAAAUUAAUUUUUAUGUGAAACCUCCCAGCCGGUUCUAUUGUUUUUAUCAGAUCUGUUCCAAGAAUCUGUUUUCCAGAGACAGGUUGUCUCUACCGUUUUCCCUCUAGCUUUAUAUGAAUUCCUUUUAAUAAAUUUACCAAUCAGUGGAAUAAGAGGUUUCUAACAUGACUGUCAACCACAAAGAAUUAUAUAUUGCGGACAAUAUUGAUGCCCUCAAUGUUAUUGCAAAGGAUAGACCCCUGAUAAAAGGUGGAAAUUUCGACAGCAAAAUGAAGAAUCUAGAAAAGCUGUAUAAGAGUGCCCAGGACAAUUUCAUCGAUCAAGAAAAAGCAUAUAUAUUUUUAUUCAGGUUUCUGCUAUACUACGCACAUUACUCUCGAACAAUAAAUGAUACUCAUUUUAUGGAAAUACGAUUUGAAUCACAGUUGAAGAAAGCUAGGAGACAGCUAGAGGCUCUACAAAAGGAUUUGACUCGGAGAUAUUCUGAAAGAAAAGUUAAUGAAAAUGAAAAUAGGUCGCCUUUUAAGAAAACAUCUUUGAGCUCUGUCCCAAUAAAGAAGUUUCCAGAUAAUGAAAUUAAAUGUGAGGAGUUGUAUCUUGCACUGCAAGAUCCUAAAAAUAAUAUAUUGAUUGUUGAUGCUCGAUCUCGUCAAGACUUCAAAGAAUCAAGAAUAAAAGAAGGGACGGUCAUCAAUGUUCCUGAUGAUAUAAUUCAGUCAGGAUUAUCUGCACAUUGCAUUGGGGAAGUCAUACCAGAGGAAUUCAAACCUGUCUGGCAAAAGAGAGAUACUUUUGACAUUGUUGUGUUACUUGACUGGAAGAGUACUUCAGAAACCAUGGCAGCCACAAAAUUAGAAAAACUUUUAUCGUCAUUAGUUGAUUGGGAUACCAAUAGGACUUAUUCCCAAAAACCAAUCAUAUUGAGAGGAGGUUAUAUGGAGUGGGGACAGAAGUACCCUUCUCUUUGCAUUAAUUCAAAUGUUGUGAUGAAUAAAGUGAAUGAUGAACUGGACGAAUUAUUAGAUCUUGAUAAUAUUCAAUAUCCAUCUGAGGAAACUAAAGAACCAAGCAUACCUUUCAAAGAACCUAAUGCCGCUGUGGAAUCCGGUGCAUAUACGGGAACAAGAGAGGAUUUGAUUCAGAAGAAUAAGGAAUUAGCUAAGCAAUGCGAGAUUAUUUUGAACGAAAUUAUUGCUGGUGAAAAUAGGUGGAAAGAAGAAACGGACAUUGAGAAACGAUUGGAACUGGAAAAAACGAUAGCUAACUUAGAUAAGAAAUUCGAAGUGAUCAGUGAGGAGAAGAAUAAAACUCAGGAAUUGUUUGAAUUGUAUGCCCGGUUCGAUCCUCAGAAAGAAAGCCUGAAAGCGGAUCAUAUAAAGGAAAUUGCUGACAUUGACAAAUCUGAGAAUCGAAAAAUUCUCAUAAGACAAACGAUCGCUCAGCAACGCUUAGAUGUAUUAGCAAAAGCUCGUGCUUUGAAGCCAAAAGCUGCUGGGGAUCCUACCAUGGGAAUGAGUCCAAGCCUGGAUAGCGGUACAGGAUCAAAAGAAGUAAAGCCAGUGAAGCCUGUUAUUAACAGGGCUACCAAACCGACCAGUUUGAUACAGAGAUCUCAUCUUUUCGACGGUCCAUUAACUUUUAAUCCGGAUGGUGGUGGUUUAAUCGGCCUCAGGAAUAUCAGAAACACAUGUUAUAUGAACACAGUUGUUCAAUGCAUGAAGAGUGUACCCCAACUUGCAGCUUUGUUCUGCACAGGUUCUUACAGCGUGCAUGUAAGAAGAAAACCAGAUGCCAUAAUAAUUGAAACAGCCUUCCUGUUCCGUUCUUUGUGGUCCAACAUCCAAAAGUGUUUCAAUCCCAUACGUUUCUAUGAAAAGGUUGGUUCCAUUGAGCCAACCUACAAAAUGGGCAACCAUGAGGACUGUAUGGAAUUCUUCUUAUUCCUCCUCAAUAACCUGAGCGAAGAUUGUGCCUAUGACAUAACCAAGCCAGAUAUGAUGUCCCCAGCCCAACAGGCUUGGUUUACUCAGCUAGGAGGUAGAACAUCUUUUUUCGAUAUAUUUUACCAUCAAAUAAGAAUAACCCAAGUCUGUAAUAAUUGCAACAUAACAUCUCUCAAGUUUGAAAUGGAGAGCACUUUCAUGCUUCCCGUACCAGAGGAUGAUUUCAGGGUGGAAGAUUUGAUGAGGAACUACAUGCAGGAUUACAUCAUAGACGAUUAUUGUUGUUCUAAAUGCAAACAACCUGUGACCAAUUCGAAGAAGGUCUGUGUUGCACCGGAAAUUUUAGUGAUCGUUUUGAAGAGAUAUAAACAAACUGUUCGUAAUAACAAUGUGUCUGUAUCGAAAGUUGAUUCAAGAGUUUCAUUCCCAACGAGGAAUUUCCAUUUUGGAGGCUGUACCUACACGUUGAACUCAAUUGCAAUGCACUCUGGUUCAAUGACUUCCGGACAUUACACAGCAGCAUGCUUCAUAAAUUUCAAGUGGUAUGAAUUCAAUGAUGAACUGGUGAGGCCAGUUAGUUUGGAAGACGAUGCAUUGAGAGUCAAGGCUUGUGCUUUUUUCUACUCUAAAGAUUGAUACCGUUAAUGUGAUACCUGUUUAUGCCGAAUUCGUCAUUGUUGGAAUAUUGUAUAUUUUACUGAUAUUUAUUUUAUAAUCUUGUUAUCUGAUUAAGUAUUAUUCACAUUUAGUGUAGGUAUCUUUAUGCAGAACUAAUCAUGAAUAAAUUUUUUCGUAUGCAAUGUGGUUAAGUGUGAGAAUUAUAAUUUAUUACUUCGUUGUUGCACCAUUUAUAAUAUGUUUUACAAAAAAUCAUAAAAGUCCUUUGAUGGA